UUGCGACCAGCUACUUGUGAUAAAUCCAUCUGUCAGGAAGACCUUUCGUUCGCUUCCGUGGCGGUUAGAUGUGGUUUUUGUAACUACAUGCAUUUUUUUGAUCGUGGGGACUGCGUACGCGUUGUCCCUGUUUUUCUUUUAUCUUCAUAAUCGUUGACUGGCGUAGGGGAUAGAGUGUAACAAUUCUGCCCAAAGCCAUUUAUUGAAUCAGAACCAGGAGAUCAGUUGCGACCAGCUGUGAGACACGUUGUCAUUGUGCAUUGCAGGGAUUACUCAAGUGACGAUAGAAAAAAACUUGCAACAAUCAAUAUGUCAUUACCAAAUAGAUCAUCUAAGUGCACAUGGAAAGUUAAUGAAGUAAAUUCACCACAUACGAAAAGAACAGAGGUACCAGACUGUAAGAAGAUAUUAUCAAAUGUUUUAGAUACAAUAGGACAGACACCUCUUAUUCGACUUAACCGCAUUCCUAAAUCCUAUGGAAUCAAGUGUGAAAUGUAUGUAAAGUGUGAAUUUUUUAAUCCUGGAGGAUCUGUGAAAGAUCGAAUAGCACAUAGAAUGAUUCAGGAUGCUGAAGAAAAAGGGUUAAUAAAGCCAGGAUAUACACUUAUUGAACCAACUAGUGGUAAUACUGGAAUCGGCUUAGCAAUGGCUGCAGCAGUCAAAGGCUACAAAUGCAUCAUUGUGAUGCCAAGGAAAAUGUCUAAUGAGAAAAUUUCUGUAUUACACGCUCUUGGUGCAGAAAUAGUCAGAACACCAACCGAAGCACAUUGGAGUAGUAGUGAGAGUCAUAUCAAUGUUGCUCAAAAAUUAUGUAAAGAGACACCUAAUAGUAUCAUCUUGGAUCAGUACACCAACGCUGGCAAUCCUUUGGCUCAUUAUGAUGGAACUGCAACAGAAAUCUUUGAGCAAUGUGAUGGAAAGGUAGACUAUGUUGUAGUUAGUGCAGGUACCGGUGGGACAAUAACUGGAAUUGGGCGCAAAUUAAAAGAAUUAUUGCCUGAUGUAAGGAUCAUUGGUGUAGAUCCUAAAGGCAGUAUUUUAGCACUUCCAUCUGAAUUAAAUAAGGAAGGUGUAGGUUUCUAUGAAGUAGAAGGGAUUGGAUAUGACUUUAUACCCACGGUCUUAAAUCACGAUGUAAUCGACAAAUGGAUGAAAUCAGAAGACCACGAAUCAUUAAACAUGGCACGGGAUUUAAUCAGCAAGGAAGGAUUGUUGUGCGGCGGUAGUAGCGGUGCAGCACUUUCAGCAGCUUUGAAAAUCGCCAAAGAUUUACCCGCAAAUAAACGGAUGGUCGUCCUCUUACCUGAUGGAAUACGUAAUUACAUCACAAAAUUUGUAUCAAAUCAGUGGAUGGAAGAAAGAGACUUUUUGCCACCAAAACCUUCUUCAACAGAGCACAAAUGGUGGUGGAAUUUACCAAUAUCGAAAUUAACGUUAACUAAAGUUGUGCUUCCAAGGGAAAUAACAUGCCAUAAGGCUACAGAGGUUUUUGCACGGUAUAAAAUACAACAAAUGUUGGUAACUCGUGACGAAAUGCAGAGGCACGUAGUAGGUGUUGUCUCAUCGGAUGUACUUAUGUCCAAGUUGAUCUCAGGCGAGGCACAUCAGACAGAUCUCGCCAAAACGGUUAUGGACAAAGAAUUUACAAAAAUCUCAACUUCAUCCACUCUGGGCAAACUGUUUCGAACUCUCGAGAAUAAACCUUAUGUAGUUGUAAUAAACAACGACAGUGUAUUAGUAGGACUUGCCAUCCUAAAUGACAUUUAUAAAUAUAUAACUAGCUUAGAUAACUGCAAGAUGGAAACAGAUAAAAAAUGAUAUUAUGUAAAAUAUAUCCAUCAUGCUAUAUCUGGUAAAAGAAAGAUGUGUAUGUGUAUAUGUAUACAUAUUUCUAUAUGAAGAAAAUCAAAUAUAUACUAUUUUACCAUUUUAUACAUACUAUUAUUUUAUAUGCUCAUAAAGUUAGAUCACUAAUUUUAAUUUAUACAAUUAAGUGUACCAAAGGAAUAAUACAAUGAUUUUAAUUGUUUUA